GUUCCACACGCUGCACACCGGCUGGCUCAUGCUGCUUUUUAUCCGUGCUGGAGAAAGGCGCAUACCCGAUGUACAUCGCAAGGGAUUAAUGGGAGAGCCCAAUGGCCCGAACUGGGGUACCCGAGCCUCCGAUGAGGUCAUCGGCUGUUCCUGACGGCUGGAGAAGCCUUUAUGCGCAAACCGAGGAUCUCUUAAAGUUGCGGGUCAAUCCGCUGCAUGCAUUCAUUCCCUCCUCUCCUCCACCGAGAUAAUCCUAAACCAACAUCCUCUACCACGUACCAUACUUGCUACUGGCAUACUCACCUAAGCCACCAUGGCAACCAGAAACACCCUCCGUCGGGCCCUGCUCUACAUCCCCGGCUCCUCCCAACGCUUCAUCGACAAAUCCCGCACCCUAACCGCCGACUGCGUGGCCUACGACCUCGAAGACAGCGUCACUCCGCACAAGAAAGCCGAAGCCCGGUCCCUGGUACGCCAGGCCCUCGACCAGCCCGCACCGCCGGGGAUCCGCGAACGCGCAGUCCGGAUCAACUCCGUAGACAGCGGUCUCGCCCUGAGCGAUCUCACCGAAGUGCUCAAAUCUCCCAACCUCACCACCCUCGUGAUCCCCAAAGUCAACUCCCCCUCCGACCUAACCUUCAUCACCGAUGUAAUUACCCACACUCUCUCCACCCAACCCCCCACUCCAACACCCAGACCCCCAAUCUCCCUCCUGGCGCUCAUCGAAUCCGCCAAAUCCCUCACCAGCCUCACGCAAAUCACCUCUAGCACGCCCCUCCUCCAAGGAUUGAUUUUCGCAGCCGAGGACUUCGCUCUCGACCUCAGCAUAACCCGUACCCCGUCUCUGAGAGAAUUCUUGUUCGCGAGAUCCAUGAUCGCUACUGCGGCAAGGGCAGCGGAGUUACCGUCUACAAUCGAUUUGGUUUGUACGGAGUAUAAGGCGAAGGAGGGGGUGCCGAGGGUGUUAGAGGAGGAGUGUCAGGAUGGGAGACGGCUAGGGUUUAAUGGGAAGCAGUGUAUUCAUCCGUCGCAGGUGGAGACGGUCCAGGGGAUCUUUGGGCCGGAUAAGAAUGAGGUCGAAUGGGCGGUUAGAGUCUGUGUGGCGGAUGAGAAGGCUGCGAGGAUGGGGAGGGGGGCGUGGACGCUGGAUGGGAAGAUGAUUGAUGUGCCGGUGGCGGAGAAGGCGAGGGCGAUUGUGAGGAAAGCGGAGGAGUGUGGGGUGAAUGUUGGGAAGGUGAGGGAGAAGUGGAAGGGGCAGGAGCCCGAGUAGAUUUAUUGAAUAGGGAUGUGGGUGGGAAUCUUUAUGGAUGAGAUGGCUCUAGGGCUUAUGUACACUCUCAGAUAAUAUUGGCUGGUCAUUACUGCUGAAGAGUGGAAUAGAUCCCGCAAGAAUUAAAG